AUGGCUUACAACGACGGUACGCUGGCCAACUUCUUUGGUGAGACUUGCGAGGCCUGUCGCUGGGCCUACAACUGGGGCUUCUAUCCCUCCGGCAUCGACACCAGCAAGUACAGCUAUGUUCCCACUCUCUGGGGCCCUAGCUCUGACCACUCUACUGGCUGGGACGCACAGGCUGAGGCUGCUAUUUCCUCCGGCUCCAAGGCCCUCUUCAGCUUCAACGAGCCUGAUAUUGCCAGCCAGUCUAACCUGUCUCCCUCCGAUGCCGCCACUUCUCACGCCCAGUUCAUGAGCAAGUACGUUGGCAAGGUCCUCAUCGGUGCUCCCUCCGUCUCCAACUCGGGCGCCCAGGGCCAGGGUCUCUCUUGGCUCCAGAGCUUCGUUGAUGCCUGCAACGGCGUUGACGGCUGCUCGUUCGACUUCUGCAACAUCCACUGGUACUCUCCCGCCUCGGCCAUCGACACCCUCUUCAGCCAGAUCGAGAGCGCUCACCAGGUCUGCGGUGGCAAGCCUGUCAUCCUUACCGAGUUUGGCACCACUGGCAACUCUGACGCGGAGACCGCCGCUUUCCUGCAGGAGGCUCUUCCCAAGCUGGACGCUCUCGACUACCUCAUGGGCUACUCUUACUUCAUGGUUGGCACUGGCAGCCUGCUGUCUUCCACCACUGCCCUGAGCACCUUCGGUAUCACCUACGCUACCGACUAA